AGAGAGAAUAUGAUAUCUGUAACUCAGUCCCCUGAGAAUUAUUUACAUUUCUAAUAAAUGUUCAGGUGCUGCUGUGGGUGGAGAGAACCAUUUUAGUAAGCAGAGCAUGGACAAAACCCCAUGUCCUGAGCCUUGAGCCCCUCUCACGCCCCUUCCCAUUUCCCUCAUUUCUACCACAGGGAGAGAUGCUUGUGCCAGCCCACUUCCUACUGCUGCUGCUGCUGCUCCAAGGGGCCCCCAGGAUGAGUAUGUCCCUUAAGUUCUCCAAAGCCGAGUCCAUCUUCUGCUGUAUCAACAUGGCCCUGUCUGAAGCCAAGAAGAACCAGCUGGAGGAUAUAGCCCUGCUGAGCAAGAGAGGCUUCCCCUACCUACCCAGCCAGGACCCAUUCCCAGAUGAGGACAAAGAAAAGGAUGAGGAGGGAGAAGACAAGAAGAAAAGGGCCUUCUCUGCUCCCAGGGGCAGUGGUGGAGCUGGGAGCUCUCGGUACAAGUACUUAUCCCAAGCACAGCUCAAAGGGAAGCUGUACCAGAACAAGGCCAAGAGUGACCGGCGCACCAAGUUCACUCUAUCCCUUGAUGUCCCCACUAAUGUCAUGAAUGUCCUCUUAAACAUUGCCAAGGCCAAGAACUUGAGAGCCAAGGCAGCUGCCAAUGCCCAUCUGAUGGCACAGAUUGGACGAAAGAAGUAGAAUUGAGGACAGCAAGGCAGCCCAUUAAGGACAAGGAUGGAGGUCAGGUGGAGGGUAAGAGGUUGCCCACCCAACUGGUUUUUAUUUUGUGGGCAGUUCAGUUUUACAGGCUGCCUCACUGCUCAACCCCUCUGAUCCUUUCCUAGCUCCAGCCCAGCUUUCUCUAUACAAUACACAGGCAUGCAGAAUUGUCCCAACUUCACAGAUACGAAGCUAUUAAGGCCUCUCCCUAUGUUCUGUGUCACUUUUUCUCUUUCCCCACACUUCUCCCCGAAGAUCCCAGGCCUGAGAAGAGGGCACCUAGGGCUCCUCUCUUCACACAGCAACCCCAGACAAGGCUGGAAGAUUAAGAGACACACUGAUUACCAUCCUGCCACUAGAUCCCUACCCUACCCUCUCGCUUCCAUUAAAUCAAGUGACUUCUUGAACCUUUGGCUUGUGUCAGUUCCUCUGAACUCAGAAAGGGAAGGCAAAUGAGGGAGGAUAUAGAUAAGUCAAUUCCCCAUCUCUCCCAGAUGGGAAUGGUUCUUGGGUGUCAUAGGUAUAGUAAAGAAGAGCUUGGGAAAGAUCAAACUGACAGGAUUAUGUCAGCUAUCAUUCAACCUAGAGCCAUCUCGAUGGCUUGAUCCCACCCAGAGGGCAUAGCCAGCAGGGAUCUGCUGCCAGGAUGAUACUUGGGCUCUACAGGAGAGGGAGCUUUCAGUAUCCCCAAUGGUACACCCCACAUCCUCAUGGCCUGCUAGUGCAUAGGGCCGGGAAGCCUUUCAUAUGUGCUCAUGGAACCCACGGUAACUGCCCAGCAUGGUGCUAAGCACCUGGGAGAUGCUGAUGUUUGAGGCAAGGCCGCUGCUCUCCACGAGUCAACAUCUAAGCAAAUAGACAAAACCAAAAUGGAAAGAAAAGCAAAUACCACCAGGGAAUAUGUAAGUGAUGAAUUGCAAAUUGAUAGCAAUUAGUGUGAAGAAUAUAUGAGGAAUUCAGAGAUGAGGGGUUUAAUA